AUGUUGCUGAGUAACAUUACUCUUUACAAAGAGGUCAAUGUUCAACCCUACAAUGAUUUGCUUCUUGCUGUAGGACACAACAGCAAAAUCAGUCGCAUGCUGAAUGCGAAGCAUCUACUUUGGCAAAUUGAACCUUUUCUAAACACUGUCACCAAGAAUGAUAGAACUCGGACAAGAAAAGCAUGUGGGGGAGGUGGACUUGGUGGAGGCAUUGGGAAAGGUGGUGGAUUUGGGGGUGGCAUAGGUAAAGGUGGUGGUUUUGGUGGAGGCAUAGGGAAAGGUCAUGGAUUUGGUGGCGACAUUUGGAAAGGCGGUGGAUUUGGUGGCGGCAUUGGAAAAGGCAGUGGAUUCGGUGCCGGCAUUGGCAAAGGUGGUGGAUUUGGGCACGGCAUUGGUAAAGGUGGUGGUUUUGGUGGAGGAAUAGGGAAAGGUGGAGGUUUUGGUGGCAGCAUUGGGAAAGGCGGUGGAUUUGGUGGCGGCAUUGGCAAAGGUGGUGGAUUUGGGGGCGGCAUUGGAAAAGGUGGUGGAUUUGGUGGGGGCAUUGGAAAAGGUGGAGAUUCUGGUGGUGGCAUAGGCAAAGGUGGUGGAUUUGGUCGAAGCAAUGGAAAAGGUGGUGGAUUUGGAGGCGGCAUGGGAAAAGGUGGUGGAUUUGGGGGCGGCAUUGGAAAAGGUGGUAGAUUUGGCGGGGGCAUUGGAAAAGGUGGAGGUUCUGGUGGUGGCAUUGGAAAAGGUGGUGGAUUUGGGGGCGGCAUUGGAAAAGGUGGUGGUUUUGGUGGAGGCAUAGGCAAAGGUGGUGGAUUUGGGGGCGGCAUUGGAAAAGGGGGUGGAUUUUGGGGAGACAUAGGCAAAGGUGGUGGAUUUGGGGGUGGCAUUGGAAAAGGUUGUGGAUUUGGAGGCAGUCCAAGUGGUGGGUUCAGCAAGGGAGGAGGAAUUGUUUGUGGGGUUGUCGCCAGAAACUUGAAUGAUGAAGAAAAGCUUGUGACAAGUGGCAAAGUAGGUGGCAGUGCCGGACCUGAUGAGAGAGAUGGGAGACCAGACCUGGAGACCACUACUUACCCUACAAAAUUCAAAAAUCAAAACCCUUCUAAAAGAGGAAAGUGCAAAGGCGGGGGCAACCGGGCGGCGGCUACAGGCAUGAGGCACGGCUCUCUUCUCGCCAAUGAUUUCAGAAAAUCAACAACCCUUAACCUGUUAACCCUUUCUACCGGCAGUUACUUGUAA